AUGGACCAGCGGCCUCCCUUUUCCACUUGGGCUCCUCCUAGACAGGGAGUCUGUCGGUGUGGGGGUACUCCUGACCCAGAGGAGGAGGCCCUCUUCACCCGCCACCUGGUCCGCCUCCUUGCCCUUCCCCCUGCCCCCAGCCGCCUCCUUCCCCUUGUCCCCCGGACCUUGCCGUGGGAGUCGCCCUCUGCGAGGGCCAGAGAGAGAAUCCUCUUGUGGAUUCAGCAGACAGCCUUCCCAGAGGACUGGCAAGCUGAACCCGCCGGCGCCCUCGAAGUAAACCAGUACUUCGAGGCAUCAGAAGGAGACGACCAGGUGAGGAUAGUGGAGCUUCCACACGGCUCCCGGAUCUUUGAGCUUCCAGGCAGCCAGGUCUGGACAGCGGAGCUCCCCGACAACCAGGUGCGGAUAGCGGAGCUUCCAGAUAACCAGGUCUGGAUAGCCGAGCUUCCAGACAACCAGGUGAGGGUUGCCGAGCUUCCGGACAGCAAGGCGUGGAUAUCCGAGCUUCCGGGCAGCCAAGUGUGGAUAGCAAAGCUUCCAAACACCUGCGUCGCCGAGCUUCCUGACCUGUCCUGGGUCGCGGAGCUUCCAGACAAUCAGGUCUGGAUUGCCGAGCUCCCGGACAACAGGAGCGACUCUGCAUCCUUCGUCACGGCCCCUAGCCGUCGCCCCUCCCAAUUCUAG